AUGGUGGAGAGCUGCCACGCGUACCACGGGCAGAUAAAGGACGGGUUAUUUCACGGUCAUGGGACGCUGUUGUACUCGGGCAAUGAGAAGUACGAGGGCGACUUCGUGUUUGGAAAGCGGGAGGGCAACGGCCGGUUCGAAUACGCAGAUGGUGCCACGUACCAGGGCAAGUGGGUGGAGGACAGAAUCCACGGGCAGGGUGUGGCGGUGUUCGCGAGCGGGAACGUGUACGAGGGCCAGUGGGACAUGGGGAAGAUCUCGGGCUACGGAAAGCUGAAGUACUCGAACGGCGACGAGUAUGAGGGCGAGUGGGUGGACGGGAAGAUGCACGGGCGCGGCACUUACCGCUAUAAAGAGGGAGACGUGUACACGGGGGAGUGGCGAGACGACAAGAGGCACGGCAAAGGCGUGGUGGUCUACGUGGGUGCCAAGGGGGCCAUCGUGGAGAAGUACGACGGCGACUGGGUGAACGGCAAAAUGCACGGGCACGGCAAGUACACGUACAGCGACGGGGGGGAGUACGAGGGUGACUGGAUGGAUGGCAAAAUGCACGGCAAAGGCAAGUACGUGUUUCCCAACGGCAACCAGUACGACGGCGAGUGGGCAAACGACAUGAAGGAGGGCUACGGGGUGCUGACUUACCACAACGGUGAGAAGUACGAGGGCUACUGGAAAGCCGACCGGGUCCACGGCAAGGGAACCCUCACCUACUCCCGCGGUGACAAGUACGUGGGGGAGUGGGUGGACGCUAAGAAGCACGGCGAGGGCGAGCUGAUCUACUCCAACGGGGACCGGUUCAAAGGCGAGUGGGUGGACGACAGGGCCUGCGGCUUCGGCGUCUUCCAGUACGCCAACGGCAACAAGUACGAGGGCCAGUGGGCCGACGACAAACGCGUCGGCCUCGGCACCUUCUACUGCGCAGAAGACGGCAGCUGCUACGAGGGCGAAUUCGUGCAGGGCAGAAAAGAGGGAAACGGCACCCUCAGAUUCGCCACUGGCCACCAGCUAGAGGGUGUCUGGGCAGGCGGUGAGCUCGUCAGGGUCACCGCGUUCAUGUUCUCCCCGGACUCCCGGUGGAACAACCCCGACCUCUAG